CAGCAGCCGCCCCACCUCGUCCAGGCGCCGAUGCCACCACACGAGCCCGAAUCCGGCGGCUCGAUUCCUCCACGACCACCAAAGGCAGCGGCAGCCUCUGUAUCAUCCUGGAGCCCCUAGAUGCAAGCCCCCUUGUGGUACACGAAUCUGGAUGAUUUGAAUCCAGAAACAUGGGGAGUGGAUUCUCAUCCACCUGGUGGGUUCCUUGGUUUCUUUAAGGAUGCCAGCAACGUGAAUUCAUCGCAACAAAUCAAGGAAAAAGAUGACAGCAAUGGUGUCGAGUGUGCAAGGACUGAAAAGCGCUUGCUGUGGACAAAAGAUGAAGAUCUUAGAUUGGUUGGUGCUUGGUUGAAUAAUUCAAACGAUCCAAUCCAAUCAAAUUACAAGAAGAACGACCAAUAUUGGAAAGAAGUUGCUGCUGUCUACAAUAGUACCACCCCCAAAAACAGGGAAAGGCUAGUCAAGCAAGUGAAGGGUCGCUUUGCGAGAAUUAAGAAAAGGUGGUGA